UCUCCCUAUUUAACAACUCAACUAACAACAACGCCCACCAAACUCGACUUCAAACUUUCACAAAUUGCACCUCAUUCUUAACGUCUGUCUUCUGUCAGAACAGCCACCACCUCCAUCUCCUCUACCGCCAUUUCAACCGCCACUACCACCAACAACAACAAAAUCAAUGUCCAUUGCUACGUGCUUCUUUGCUCCCUCUCUUUACCUGCCUAACAACAACGUCAACAAUUCCAUCCCAAAACUUAACCUCCACUGCCGAUCUCCCCUCCUCCUCCACCGCCACGUCCACCUCCCCUCCACCAGCAUCACCUCUUCCUCCAAACGCAUCUCCCCUUUUCUUGUCUUCUCCUCUGGCGGCGACGAUAACAACAAUAGUAAUAACAAUAACGGUGGCAAUGGUGGCAAUGGUGACGGCGAAGGAGAUAAUGCAGGGGACAAGAACAGGAAGGAGGCGAUGAUGGUGUUGGUGGAGGCUAAGAAGUCUUUGGAAAGUCUUCCCAAGGACUUGGCGGCGGCGAUCCGAGAUGGAAGGAUACCUGGGGCGGUUUUAACGAGGUAUUUUGAGCUUGAAACGUCUGGUUUGUUUCGUUGGUUGAUGCAGUUUGGUGGGUUCAAAGAGAGGUUAUUGGCUGAUGAUCUUUUCUUGGCUAAAGUUUUUAUGGAGUGCGGUGUUGGGAUCUUCACCAAGACUGCAGCAGAAUAUGACCGGCGCAGAGAAAAUUUUUUCAAGGAGUUGGAAAUCGUUAUUGCAGAUGUGGUCAUGGCCAUAAUUGCAGAUUUCAUGCUUGUUUAUCUUCCUGCUCCUACUGUAUCUCUUCGAUCGUCUGUUGCAGCUAGUGCUGGACCUAUUGCCAAGUUCUUCCACAACUGUCCAGACAAUGCAUUUCAGGUUGCUCUUGCCGGAACUUCAUAUUCAUUUUUGCAGAGAUUAGGUGCCGUAGUGCGAAAUGGGGCAAAGCUUUUUGCAGUUGGUGCCACUUCGUCACUGGUUGGUACAGCUGUGACAAAUGCCGCGAUUAAUGCACGGAAGGCUGUAGAUAAGAAUGCUGCUGGUGAAGUCGAAAAUGUGCCCAUAUUUUCCACAAGUGCUGCCUAUGGUGUUUAUAUGGCAGUUUCUAGCAACCUCAGGUACCAAGUGCUGGCGGGAGUAAUUGAACAACGGAUUUUGGAGCCCUUACUGCACAAGCACAAGCUCAUACUCGGCGCACUUUGUUUUGCUGCCCGAACUGGCAAUACAUACGUGGGUUCAUUAUUGUGGGUGGACUAUGCUCGUCUGAUAGGAGUUCAAAAGGCUCACGAGGAGGAAAAAGAGUUGCCUGCUGUCAAUGAUGAACUUUGAUGUCUCAAGUUAUUGUUGGCUUAAAAAGUAGGCUCUUAUCGUUGUUCGGUAUGAAGCAGUAAUUUAAAAUUACUAUAAAUCACAAUACUGAAGAUUAUCAAAGUUUGUGUCAUUUCUUUUCUUGCAAGAAGCUGCUUGAAAAUUCGCCGAGAACCUUCUGACAUGAAGGAACUUGAAGAUGGCAUGUGAACAACACUUUCUGGAAAUGCACCAGGGCGGAGCAUACAAAAUUUGAGUCAAACUUAAGAAAAUUUAAGUGUUUCAUCUUCCCUGCUUGCCCCUUAACUUGAUAUUAGUAACCAUGGUAGUCAAUUGCAUGUUGUAUGGUAUAUUAAAUGCUUAAUUUUUUAUAUUGUGUAUUAAGUAUCAGAGUGUAUGAUAUGACUUUUAAAAAAUAAAAUAAUAAUAAAAAAAUUAUUUAACAUGUAA